CUGUCACAGUUUUUAGGGUUGCAUAACGGCGCAGAAGGAGACCGUAUAUAUACACACCUGGAUGCCGCUGCAAACUAUGGAGAUACAAACACGAUGAAGUUUGUGCUGCUCACACUCUUUGUUGCUGGCGCCUACGGGUGUGGCGUGCCCACCUACCCUCCUCUGGAGAGCAGGGUGGUUGGAGGAGAGGAUGUCAAGCCUCACAGCUGGCCCUGGCAGAUCUCCCUGCAGUACAACAGUGCUGGCACGUGGAGACACACCUGUGGAGGAACUCUCAUCUCUGACCAGUGGGUCCUGACUGCUGCUCACUGCAUCAGCUCCAGGGAGUACAGAGUGGCGCUGGGAAAGCACAACCUGGCGGAGACAGAGGACAAGGCUGUGUUCAUGGCAACCGCUGACAUUAUUGUGCACGAGGACUGGAACUCCUUCUUCAUCCGUAAUGACAUCGCCCUGAUCAAGCUCGUGUCCCCAGUGACUGUCACCGACAUCAUCAAGCCUGCUUGUCUCCCUCCCGCUGACUUCAUCCUGCCCAACAACGCGCCCUGUUUCGUCACUGGAUGGGGUCGUACCACCACCGGAGGUCCCCUCCCUGACAUCCUGCAGCAGGCGCUCCUGCCUGUGGUGGACCAUGCUACCUGCACCAAGUCUGACUGGUGGGGCUCUCAGGUGAAGGAAACCAUGGUCUGUGCUGGAGGGGACGGAGUUGUAUCAGGCUGCAACGGCGACUCUGGCGGCCCUCUGAACUGCAAGAACAGCGACGGCGCCUGGGAGGUUCACGGCAUCGUGAGCUUUGGCUCUGGCCUCAGCUGCAACUUCCCCAAGAAGCCCACCGUCUUCACCCGCGUCAGCGCUUACAGCGAAUGGAUCAGCACCAAAAUGGCCUCCUAUUAACCACACACUGUUAUGGGAUCAAACAUACAGUAAGAUGUAAGGUUAAUAAAGAAAUGGAACCUCCA